AUAAAAAAUAUGUACCGGAUGGUUCGUUAUGAUUAUGUGUGGUGGCUAAAUGAUGAAGGAGGGGCGUGAGGGGUUUUGUGUGAAGUGGAGAGGGUUCCAAUUGUUGAUUCGGCCGAGAUUGAAUUCGAUCAUCGAAGGAAAGUAAUUUUUCUUCCUUUUUUUUGGUUUCUGCUUUUUGUCCCAUGGACGGCAAAAGUGAAAUGCGAAAGAAAACGACUGGCGUCGAAAACAAUUUACCAGUGCUAAACAAUUUGACAGUCCUGGGGAAAAGUUUUGAGAUGGGCUUACCUGGUGAUCAGGUUAUCUUCGCAAUGAAAACAGAAGAGAAAAACCGUAACAAUUCCAGGAUGAUAAGUAAACCAGAGAAACUAGAAACAAAAGAGAAUUAUUUUAGAGAUGUGACUCUUGAGUUUCUUCAAGAGAAAUUUCGUGAUGAUGUCGUCUUUGAUAAACUAUUGUUUGUCUCCUUUAACAACCAAUAUCUACGGACACUGGGAGUUUUAAGUGAGUUGGUGACUAAUUUACAAGUUUGUAAUUUAUCUGGUAACUUCCUCACCGAUAUUUCAAGUCUGAUGCUGUGUCCUAAUCUUCAGAAACUUGAUGUUCAUGGCAACCAGAUAACCAACCUUCCUGGUCAUUUAAUGUGGUCAAACAUGCAGCACUUAGAAUUUCUUUAUCUCCAUGACAACACUUUUGCAAAUUUUGGAGUUGUAAAAAGCAUAUCUGGCUGCCCCAAACUUCUUGCCCUCACCUUGUAUGACACUCCUUUGAGCCUGUGGAUUACCUACCGCCACAGUGUUGUCAAUAGCUUACAUUCAUUGAAGGCUUUGGAUCAGUUUGUCGUUGCAGAUGAGGAGAUCAUCAACGAUCUUAAUGAGUCACAUCGAUUCGCUGCUUUUCAGAAGGAACUCAAAGUUAACCUUUGCCCUCAACAGACACAGCUUCAUUCUGCUGCAACAGAGUUUGAAGAGAUAAAGAAUUUAAAGAGAAAAAUUAACAACAUAAUGGCGCAUCACAGCCCUGUAAUCAUUAUUCAGAAAUGCAUUCGAGGUUUCCUGUCUCGGUGUCGGACAGCAGAAGAACUGAUUAAACAUGAAGUAAACCAUUUGGAGCUGACACAUCCCCUGCAAUUAACCAGCUCAACAAUCUAUUCUGUAUUGCUGCCACAUAAAGAAGUGAAACAUCAAAGAGAAGGGCAAAAGCUAUUCAAUCCAAAAUCAGAGUUGAUGUCGGUUCCAAUUUCCAUUCCCAGGUCACAAAACUUGCCAAGUCCAAUAAGUGUCAGUUGUAUGAGCAUUGAACAAGAUUCUCUCAGGGUAGACACAAGUGAGGACAGUUGCACUUCUUGUGAAAACAUUGUUGAAAUUGGUAAAAAGCAGGAUCAGAAUAAGAAUGUUGCAAUAUUGCUGAACAGAAGGAACAAAAAACUGAGCAAGUCUAAGAACUUCAAGUGGCAAACUUUGAGAGAAAAAUCCGAAGACUAUUUUGCUUUUAGUUUUAUUGGCGAAGAUAUUCCAAUUUCCACUUUGCAUUUACAGGGAUACAGUAAGCCGAUUCAUCAAGUUUAUGCAUUCAGCAAUAUGAUGAUGGAAAACCAACUUGUCAGCUCUGCUAUAAGAUCAGCACAUGACAGCUAUCAUAGAAUACCUGAUGUGCCAAAACUGGAACCAAGGAAAAUUCCUGUGGAGGUGUUUCUGUCACAGAAGAGAGAGAUGAGGAAAGAAAGCAUGUAUAAAAGACUUUUUAAGCACAUCAACAAGUCUUGUCUGUUUGCAGUUCAGAGGGCUUAUGAAGACCAGUGGCAAGCAGACAAAAACAAGAUUAAACUGGACGAGGUGUACGAGCGAAAGUUAGAGGAGCAGGAGAGGAGGCAAAACUUUGUAGAAAGGGAGCGCCAGAAAUAUUUCCUAAAGCUAGGGAAGAAUGAACAAGGAAAAUUACAGAUGAAUCAAUGGAAUGAGAAGAGAGCUGCAGAGAACAAGAAGCAAAUGGAAGUGUUGCAAAUGAAAAGGUUUGAUUCUUCUCGGAUAACAUCUGAGAGAGAAGCAGAAAAGAAGUUCACCAAAGAUUUUUCCUGCCAGCAACUUUCUCUGUCCAGGUCUUUGUUACGACACAAUUUUGGUAAGUCUGCAAGUAAAGGGAAGCAAUCAAAAACGUAUCUGGUGAAAUCAAUUCAUCUCAGUGAACAAGAGAAGUUUGAAAGCAUCCAAGAUUACAUUCUUAACUCACAGGAAAGGAAACGGGUUGAGAGUAAUAUUGCAAAAUGUGAAAUGAUAGAUUCACAACAUUUUGCCAAAGUAAGCAAUCCAGAAGAACCAAAGGACCCAGAGGAACAUAUGAAGGCAAGUCAUUUGAAAGAUAGAGUAGAUGUAUAUCCAUUCUCAGUAGUAAGUUUGAACAAACUGAAUAUAAUAAAACCCAAGAAAACAUCUAAAAUGAAACAUGACAAUCCAGACAUGGCAACUCAAGUUUGACAGAAGUUUGUUUGGAAAUCAAGAAUAAAAAAAUUAAAAAUUAGAA